AUGGACGCGUCGGAGAAGUGGAAGCUGCUGCCGGCGUUCUUAAGGACCAGGGGUCUGGUGAAGCAACACAUUGACUCCUACAAUUAUUUCGUGAAUGAGGAGAUACAGCACAUAUUGGCGUCGAACUCGCGCGUGAAGUGCGACGCGGACCCGAAUUUUUUCUUGGAGUACACGGACAUUUGGGUGGGGCAGCCGUCGAUCGUGGAGAACAUGAUAGAGCGGAAGGUGACGCCCCAGGAGUGCCGACUGCGAGACCUGACCUACAGCGCGCCGAUUUACGUGAACAUUCGCUACACGCGCGGCAGGGACGAAUUGGUCGUGAGCAAGGGCGUCUGCAUAGGCUACUUGCCAAUCAUGUUGAGGUCGAGUCACUGCGUGCUGCAGGGGGCGUCCGAGGCGGAGCUGGCGAAGUACGCUGAGUGUCCGCUGGAUCCGGGCGGCUAUUUCAUCAUACGCGGCGUGGAGAAGGUAAUUUUGAUCCAGGAGCAGCUUUCGAAGAACCGCAUCUUGCUGGAGUUGGACGCGAAGCACCAGGUUUCCGCGACGGUGACCUCUUCGACCCACGAGAGGAAGUCGAAGACGACCAUCUACCUGAAGCAGGAGCGGCUCUACAUGAAGCACAACACCUUUCAAGAGGACGUCCCGCUCGUGGUGAUGUUGAAGGCGAUGGGGAUGGAGUCCGACCAGGAGAUCGCGCAGCUCGUGGCGGCCCCGUCCGCCGAGCGCGACGAGGAGCAGAUGUUGCCGUCGCUGUUGGAAGCCAUCCAGCUGAGGGUCCACACUCAGGCUCAGGCCUUGGAGUACUUGGGCCAGAGGAUCCGGGUCUUCAAGAACAGGAAGCGGAUUCAGUCCAGGUCGGACGAGGCGCGCGGCAUUCUGUCCCAGGUCGUGUUGAACCACAUUCCGGUCGUCCAGCACGACUUGAGGCUGAAGUGCGUCGUCAUCUGCCAGAUGGUCCGCCGAAUUUUCCGAGCCAGCCGAGACAAGACUCAGCUAAGCGACAAGGACUACUACGGCAACAAGCGCCUGGAGCUGGCCGGCCAGCUCUUGUCCCUGCUGUUCGAGGACGUCUUCAAGCAGUUCAACAGCACGCUUCAAAAGAUGGCCGAAAACGUCUUGAGCAAGCCCAACCGACUCCUCUUCGACAUCGCCAGGAACAUGACCGGCAUCCAGCGGGACCUGAUCACGAACGGCAUGGCCAACUCGAUCUCCUCCGGAAACUGGAGGCUGAAGCGAUUCAAAAUGGAGCGCGCCGGGGUCACUCAGGUCCUCUCCAGACUCUCCUUCAUCGCCACGCUCGGCAUGAUGACGCGCAUCCAGUCUCAAUUCGAGAGGACGCGCAAGAUAUCCGGCCCGAGGUCCCUGCAGGGGUCCCAAUGGGGCAUGCUCUGUCCCUCCGACACGCCGGAAGGAGAGUCCUGCGGCCUGAUCAAAAACUUGGCCCUGCUCACACACGUCACCACCGACCAGGACGAAAGCAAGCUGGCCCGCCUCGCGUCCCACCUCGGCGUGGAAGACGUCCACCUGAUGUCCGGCGAGGAAAUAAACUCCCCCAGCUCCACUAUGGUCUGGCUGAACGGCGUCCUUCUCGGCAUCCACGCCCACCCGAAGCUGCUCAUGUCGAAUCUGCGAAGACUCCGUCGGACCGGAAAAAUCAGCGAGUACGUCAGCGUGUUCUACGACCAAAAAGACCUCAGCGUCCACAUCGCCACCGACGGCGGGAGACUCUGCAGACCCCUCAUCGUCGUCGACGAGCGCGGCGAGUCGCUCGUCAAAAACACUCAUCUGCUCCAACUCUCUCAGGGACUCCUGCAAUUCGACGACUUCCUCAGGUCCGGGCUCAUCGAAUACAUCGACGUCAACGAGGAGAACAGCUGUCACAUCGCCAUGUACGAAAGAGACAUCCUCCCCGGCAAAACCACCCACCUCGAAAUCGACCCGCUCACCAUCCUGGGCGUCUGCGCCGGACUCAUCCCCUACCCAAACCACAACCAGUCGCCGCGUAACACCUACCAGUGCGCCAUGGGCAAGCAGAGCAUCGGCGCCAUCGCCUACAACCAGUUUCAGCGCAUCGACACGCUCCUGUACCUGAUGGUCUAUCCCCAGCGCCCCCUCGUUCAAACCCGGCAAAUCCCCCUCAUCGGGUUCGACAAGCUCCCGGCGGGCCAAAACGCCAUCAUCGCCGUCAUGUCCUACUCCGGCUACGACAUCGAGGACGCCGUCGUGCUCAACAAAGCCUCGCUCGACCGCGGCUUCGGACGCUGCAUGAUCAUGAAAAAAGUCGCCCUCGCCCUCCGGUACGACGACUGCCUGCUCCCCGCCCCCUCCACGGGCCAGGACAAGUACCGGUCCCUCGACGAAGACGGACUCGCCUGUCCGGCUUCCAAGCUCGAAUGCGGCGACGUCUACCUCAACAAACAAAUCCCCCAGAACACCGGCGACGAACUGCUCGUCGCCCGCCCCGGAAGCGCUCCCAGCUCCGCCAAAGUCGUCGCUCAAAGCUACAAGGGCAGAAACCCCGUCUACGUCGACAAAGUCAUGCUCGCCUCCGGAGAGGAAGAAGGACAAACGCUGGUCAAAAUCCUGUUCCGAGAAACCAGACGCCCGGAAAUCGGCGACAAAUUCUCCUCCCGACACGGACAAAAGGGCGUCGUGGGACUCAUCGUCGACCAAGGAGACAUGCCAUUCACCCAAAGCGGAAUCUGUCCAGACAUCAUCAUGAACCCUCACGGAUUCCCCAGCCGAAUGACCGUCGGCAAACUCCUCGAACUGAUCACCGGCAAAGCCAAAGUCCAAGUCGGGCAGUUCGGCGACUCCACCAUCUUCUCCGGGGACCCCGUCCAGCAAACCGGACAACUGCUCGUCCAACACGGAUUUUGCUACUCCGGCAAGGAAAUCCUCACCUCCGGCGUCACCGGCGAAACGCUCAGCGCCUACAUCUACUUCGGCCCCAUGUACUACCAAAAACUCAAACACAUGGUCGCCGACAAAAUGCACGCGCGCUCCAGGGGACCCAAAACGCUGCUCACUCGCCAACCCACCGAAGGCAGGAGCAAAGACGGCGGACUCAGGCUGGGCGAAAUGGAAAGAGACUGCCUCAUAGGAUUCGGAUCCUCGGGCCUACUUCUAGAAAGACUCAUGGUCAGCUCCGACUCGUUCACCUCCUACGUAUGUCGCUCCUGCGGGCUUCUCGCCUACCAACACUGGUGCCAGUACUGCCAGUCCUCUCUCUCCCUCACCCACCUCUCCAUCCCCUACGCCGCGAAACUCCUAUUCCAAGAGCUCAUCUCCAUGAACAUCGUCGUCCGACUUCGCAUCGAUCCCCUCUAA